UGUUAGGGCAUGGGCACGCUUUUCAAAUGAGAUGGUGCACAACAUCCAAUGAAGAACAAUCCAAAUGCAAUGAUUUUAAAGAUGUGUUGAUGAAAAUAGAUAAUGCUGCCACACCUGAAUGCGUGCAGGCUGAAAAUGCUGUUGAAUGCAUGAAAAAAAUCGAAAAAGGAGAGGCAGAUUUGAUUACCCUGGAUGGUGGAGAUGUAUAUAAAGCAGGUAAAGAGUUUGGAAUGGUUCCUGUGGUCGGUGAAGAUUAUGGUUAUGGCACAUUGAGCUACUAUGCUGUAGCAGUUGUAAAGAAGAGCAACACUGAUAUUCAAUUUGACAAGCUGGAAGGCAAGAAGACAUGCCACACUGGAGCUGGAAAAACAGCAGGUUGGAAUGUGCCAGUUGGAACUCUUCUCUCUAUGAAAAAGAUGAAGUAUGAUUCUAGCUGUAAUCCCUAUGUAGCAGCAGGAAAAUAUUUCAAUGAAAGCUGUGUACCAAUGUUUGUUUGUUUACUGUUAGGGCAUGGGCAUGGGCACGGGCACACUUUUCAAAUGAGAUGGUGCACAACAUCGGAUCAAGAACAAUCCAAAUGCGAUGACUUUAAAGCUGUGUUGAUGAAAAUAGAUAAUACUACGAGACCUGGAUGUGUGAAGGCCGAAAAUGCUGUUGAAUGCAUGAAAAAAAUCGAAAAGGGAGAGGCAGAUUUGAUUACCCUGGAUGGUGGAGAUGUAUAUAAAGCAGGUAAAGAGUUUGGAAUGGUUCCUGUGGUCGGUGAAGAUUAUGGUUAUGGCACAUUGAGCUACUAUGCUGUAGCAGUUGUAAAGAAGAACAACGAUGAGAUUCAGUUUGACAAGCUGGAAGGCAAGAAGACAUGCCACACUGGAGCUGGAAAAACAGCAGGUUGGAAUGUGCCAGUUGGAACUCUUCUCUCCAUGAAAUACAUGAAGUAUGAUUCUAGCUGUAAUCCCUACGUAGCAGCAGGAAAAUAUUUCAAAGAAAGCUGCGUACCGAGUAAGAUCUGGUAUCAUGAUGUGCCUAAUAUGCAACAUUAUCUUUCAGGUAAAGAGUUUGGAAUGGUUCCUGUGGUCGGUGAAGAUUAUGGUUAUGGCACAUUGAGCUACUAUGCUGUAGCAGUUGUAAAGAAGAACAACGAUGAGAUUCAGUUUGACAAGCUGGAAGGCAAGAAGACAUGCCACACUGGAGCUGGAAAAACAGCAGGUUGGAAUGUGCCAGUUGGAACUCUUCUCUCCAUGAAAUACAUGAAGUAUGAUUCUAGCUGUAAUCCCUACGUAGCAGCAGGAAAAUAUUUCAAAGAAAGCUGCGUACCGAGAGUAAAACUACCGGCUUACGAUACCAACGGAAAUAACCCCGAUUCCUUGUGUGCAUUAUGCCCGGACGAAUGCAAGAAAGAUGGAAACUACUCUAAUUAUGAUGGUGCCUUUAGAUGCAUGGAUGAUGGUGUUGGCGACGUGGCAUUUGUUAAACAUACCACUGUGAGGGACAACAAGCCAGCAGGAAUGAUAUCAAACUAUCAAUAUCUGUGUAAAGAUGGAAAACGAAUGGAAAUUGGCAAGCACGUGGAAUGCCACCUUGCUCAAGUUCCAUCUCACGCAGUAAUGACGAAGGAGGGGAACAGCAACAAGGCCAACUACGUCCGUGUGCUGUUGGAGGCCUCAAACAAGUACGGCAACGAUUCAGGCAGCUUCGCCUUGUUUAACUCCACAAAGUACGGUAAAAAGGAUCUCCUCUUCAAGGAUUCCACGGAGUAUUUUCUUUGUGUCAUUCGAAGAAGAAUACACAAAGUGGAGUUCGCUGUCUCGGACGGCAAAGCAAAAAUUGGAAAGCACUUGCAUUGCAACCUUGCUAAAGUUCCAUCUCACGCAGUAAUGACGAAGGAGGGGAACAGCAAUAAGGCCAACUACGUCCGUGUGCUGUUGGAGGCGUCAGACAAGUACGGCAACGAUUCAGGCAGCUUUGCCUUGUUUGACUCCGCAAAGUACGGUGAUAAAAAGGAUCUCCUCUUCAAGGAUACCACGGAGAAGCUUAUGGAUGUUAGUAGUCAAUCCUACUCGGAGUUUCUUGGUGACGACUACAUUGCAGUCAUCAAAGGCUUGAAUGAAUGUCUCGCAGUGGAGGGAGGCAAAGAUAGUAUUAAGCCUUACUUUCUUGCUUCUGUCGGGCUUGCGUUCGUUGCUCUGGUGCUGUCCGGAACUGCUGAAUGAAAAGCGGUGCUUUCACCUCAUUAAGGUGCAGUCUUCAAAGCUGUAGAGUUGGUAGUAGUUCCCUUUUUGUCGUUUGCUUGAAAAGCUCAAUACACUGAUACUUAUGUUGUUUCAUUCGAAAAAGAGUAAAUAUAUAAAAGUUUAUCUUGAACGGCAAAGCAAGUAGUCUAUUUUUAGAAGAAAAAAAAAGUAGUUUUCUUUGUGUCAUUCGAAGAAGAAUACACAAAGUGGAGUUCGCUGUCUCGGACGGCAAAGCAAGUAAGCGAAAUCUUUUGUUAAAAAGUAGUUUUCUUUGCUUCAUUUGAGAGAGAAUAAGCAAAGGUGAUUUUGUCUUGGCAAAACGAGCUAGUAUUAUUUUAAAAAGUAAAAUGCAGUUUUCUUUGUUUCAUUCGCAAAAGAAUAAACAAAGACAAGUUGAUGUGCGACAACAAAUCAAACAAGUGUGAAAGUGUUAAGGAAGAAAAGUCUAAUUUUCUUUGCUUCAUUCGCAAACGAAUAAGCAAGAAUGAGUAUUGAGAGUUAAGUUUGUGUGGCAAGAUAAAGCUUGUAAGUGUAAAAGCCUUUUUUUAGUUUUUAAAAAAAUAUUGUUAUCUUUGUUUCAUUCGAAAAGGAAUAAAUGAAGUUUAACUCC